GCUUGAAUAGAAUCUUCCAGAGUGGAGUAGAGAAUGGCUGUUGAACAUCCUCAAGGCACCUGCAAGACUGUGAAUCAAGGUUGAGACCAAGAAUUAUUUCUGAAAAAGAAUAUUUAUGGAAUAGAAUCAUCCUGAUGGGAGAUAAUGGAAAGACUUAUAAAAAACAGCAUUGAGUGUUCAAGUUUCAGAGGUGAUUGGGAAUGUAGAAGCCAGUUUGAGAGAAAACAGGAUUCUCAGGAAGGACAUUUCAGUCAAAUGAUAUUUACUCCUGAAGACAUGCCCACUUUCAAUACUCAGCAUCAGAGAAUUCAUACUGAUGAGAAACUCCUUGAAUGUAAGGAAUGUGGGAAGGAUUUUAGUUUUGUGUCGGUCCUUAUUCGGCAUCAGCGAAUUCAUACUGGUGAGAAACCUUAUGAAUGUAAAGAAUGUGGCAAGGCCUUUGGUAGUGGUGCAAACCUUGCUUACCAUCAAAGAAUUCAUACUGGUGAGAAACCUUAUGAGUGUAAUGAAUGUGGGAAGGCCUUUGGUAGUGGCUCAAACCUUACUCAUCAUCAGCGAAUUCACACUGGUGAGAAACCAUAUGAAUGUAAGGAAUGUGGGAAAGCCUUUAGUUUCGGAUCAGGCCUUAUUCGACAUCAGAUAAUUCACAGUGGUGAAAAGCCUUAUGAGUGUAAGGAAUGUGGGAAGUCCUUUAGUUUUGAAUCAGCCCUUACUCGGCAUCACAGAAUUCACACAGGUGAGAAACCUUAUGAAUGUAAGGACUGUGGGAAGGCUUUUGGCAGUAGUUCAAACCUUACUCAACAUCGAAGGAUUCAUACUGGUGAGAAACCUUAUGAAUGUAAAGCAUGUGGAAUGGCCUUUAGUAGUGGUUCAGCCCUUACUCGGCAUCAGAGAAUUCAUACUGGUGAGAAACCAUAUAUAUGUAACGAAUGUGGGAAGGCUUUUAGUUUUGGAUCAGCCCUUACUCGACAUCAAAGAAUUCAUACUGGUGAGAAACCGUAUGUAUGUAAAGAAUGUGGGAAGGCUUUCAAUAGUGGCUCAGAUCUCACUCAACAUCAGAGAAUUCACACUGGUGAAAAACCCUAUGUAUGUAAGGAAUGUGAGAAAGCCUUUAGAAGUGGUUCAAAACUUGUUCAGCAUCAAAGAAUUCAUACUGGUGAGAAACCCUUUGAAUGUAAGGAAUGUGGGAAGGCUUUUGUUAGUGGCUCGAAACUUAUUCAGCACCAGCUAAUUCACACUGGUGAAAAACCCUAUGAAUGUAAAGAAUGUAGAAAGUCCUUUAAUAGUGGUUCAGAUCUUAAUCGGCAUCGGAGAAUACACACUGGUCAGAAAUCCCAUAAAUGUAGGGAAUGUGAGAAGGCUUUUGGUCCUGGCUCGAGCCUUACUCAACAUCAGAGAAUUCGUAGUGGUGAGAAACUUCAUGAAUGUAAGGGAUAUGAGAAGGCUUUGGGGAAGGGUUCACAAAUUUGGCAACAUAAGAAGAGUCAUGCUGGUGAGAAGCUCUGUGAAUUGGAAACUCUAUAAAUUAAAAUUAUAUGGUUAAGAAAGCAAAUGACACAUAAAAAAAUUCAUGCUAGUGAGAGUCCCUACAAAUAUGUAAAAGGUACAAAUGCCAAUCAAUUAAGGUCCUUUACCAAUCAAUCUGAGAAAAUACUUAACAGA